AUGAUAUUUGUCAACCUGACAUUAAUCGCACGGGAAGCGGGACAAUCUGCCUCCAUGGGGUUCGACAACGACACCAACCAGACACUCCCGGGGGGGAGCCCGUUGAGCCUGCGCAUCUCGCUUCCGCUCUCAGCGCUGGUGAGCGUUAUCAUUCUUCUGACAGUGUUUGGAAAUGUGCUGGUGGUCAUCGCCGUGUUUACAAGCCGGGCACUGAGGGCACCACAGAACCUGUUCCUGGUGUCUCUGGCGUCGGCGGACAUUUUAGUGGCCACCCUGGUGAUGCCCUUCUCCUUGGCCAAUGAGAUCAUGGGAUAUUGGUACUUUGGGGAGGUGUGGUGUGAGAUCUAUCUGGCCUUAGACGUUCUUUUCUGCACCGCCUCCAUCGCGCACCUCUGUGCCAUCAGCUUGGACCGCUACUGGUCCAUCACGCAGGCUAUUGAAUACAACUUGAAGAGAACUCCGCGCCGCAUCAAGUGCAUCAUCUUCAUCGUUUGGAUCAUCGCGGCAGUUAUAUCCUUCCCGCCGCUAAUCACCAUGGAGAAGGAAAACAGCAAGAAGAACCCCAGUUGCGAGAUAAACACAGACAAGUGGUACGUCAUCUCCUCCUGCAUCGGCUCCUUCUUCCUCCCGUGCGUCAUCAUGGUGUUGGUCUACGUCAGGAUCUACCAGAUUGCCAAAAAGAGGACAAGGGUGCCACCGGGGGACCGGAAACGGACGGACAAGUCAAACGCUAUCCCGACGUCCAACCAGAAGGAGAACGGAGUGGCCGAGGCCGAGAAACUGAAGGAGCACGAGCACAUCGAGCUAAAGGAAGGAGUCGGCGGCAGAGAAGGCGAAGUCAACGGUGUGGACAUUGAAGAGUCGUCUUCUUCUGACCACAAGGUCAACAAUCCCUGCUCAAUUAAAAAAAAAGCCGGCAAAGGCAGAAGCAAAAUCAAGCCUGGAGACGGCGAGGUACAGAAGAAAAGCACCAAAGGGAGCCGCUGGAAGGGUCGUCAAAACCGAGAGAAACGCUUCACCUUCGUCCUGGCGGUGGUCAUCGGCGUGUUCGUCAUUUGCUGGUUCCCCUUCUUCUUCACGUACAUGCUCAUGACGCUGUGCGAGUCUUGCCCCGUCCCGGACACACUUUUCAAGUUCUUCUUCUGGUUUGGCUACUGCAAUAGCGCGCUGAAUCCGAUUAUCUACACCAUCUUCAACAAUGACUUCCGCCGGUCCUUUAAGAAGAUCCUGUGCAAGAGAGACGCGAGACGUUAUGGAUGA